GGUCGCCCCGCCUCCGUUCGUCCAGCCCUGUCCCUCCUGAGAAUCAGCCCAGACCCACCCUCUCCUCCACGCCCCCAGCUGAUACUCGACCGGAACGCAAACUGGCUCCCCAGCCUCAUACUGUGACUCGGUUUCAGUCACCCCUUCCUACCUCCGCGGCUGGAACUGAAGUUCUCGAAGACCAAGGACUCUGCGAGCCAGACGGCGCCGAGACUCCAAGACCGCACCAGUACAGGUAAGGAGUGCGAGCUCCCACUACUUAGGACUCAGGGUCCCUGGGCUUUGCGCUUACCCCGGGCCUGGAAGCCGCGCCUCCAUGCUAGGCCUGACAGGGCCAGGCCAGAGCCCAGAGCUCCUGAUAGCCCAGCAGCCUGCGUGGACCCGCAGUGAGGGGCAGCUGCGCCAGAACCUCACCUUGUCAGCUACUUUCAGAGUCCCGGCACAAUCUCGAGGGGGCCAGUGUGUUCCUGUGGUGUGUGAUUCAAGCCAGGAGAGUGAAGUGCAAAGCUUGUUUGAGCAAGUCGAUCGGGAACAGCAAGGGCGUCUGGACGUGCUGGUCAACAACGCCUAUGCCGGAGUCCCAGCACUUAUGAAGAACAUUAAGAAGCCAUUCUGGGAAGCCCCUGCCUCCAUCUGGGAUGAUAUCAACAAUGUUGGACUCAGAGGCCACUACUUGUGCUCGGUGUACGGAGCGCGGCUCAUGGUUCCAGCUGGCCGGGGGCUCAUCGUGGUCAUCUCCUCCCUUGGGGGGCUACAGUAUCUCUUCAAUGUCCCCUAUGGCGUGGGCAAAGCUGCGUGCGACAGGCUGGCUACGGACUGUGCCCGGGAGCUGCGGCGCCAUGGGGUCAGCUACGUGUCUCUGUGGCCAGGGUUGGUGCAGACAGAACUAGUGAAGGAGGUCGUGAUGAAAAACGAUGAUACUGAUGACCCCCUGUUGAAGGAGCUCAGAUCUAAUUUCUCCUCCGCGGAGACCACCGAAAUGAGUGGCAAAUGUGUGGUGGCUCUGGCAACAGCUGUAUCUGUGCUCACAGAUCCGAAUAUCCUGAGCCUGAGUGGGAAGGUGCUGCCAUCUUGUGACCUUGCACGACGCUACAGCCUUCAGGAUGUGGAUGGCCGCCCCGUACAAGACUAUUUGUCUUUGAGGUCCGUCCUCUCCCAUGGCUCCAGCCUGGGCUGGCUGGCCUCCUACUUGCCGGGCUUCCUCCGUAUGCCUAAAUGGAUUAUGACCCUCUACGCUAGCAAGUUCUAAACCUCCUGGCCUGACGUCAUAACUCUGCUCUCCCUCGGCUACGCGGUAGGGCCUCUUGGUGUAACAAGGCAGCCCCUCCUGCCUACCUCAUACCCUUGCUAGGGAGAGAAGGCCUCCUCUGUGUGUCUUGCGUGAACCCUGGGGACUUUAUGGAUCCUCCUUUAUGCCUUAAUUUUACCUGCUCCUACAUAUUACUUCUUGCCUUAGUAUUGGAAAACACUCUGGGGACUAAUAAGUCUCAUUUCUUGGGGUGCCUGGAUGGCUCAUGGGUUAAGCCUCUGCCUUCAGCUCAGGUCAUGAUCUCAGGGUCCUGGAAUC